AUGGAAGAAGCAAUAGAGAAAAUCACCAACGACGAAUUGUCUAUUAAUGCUGCUUCACUUCAAUAUAAAAUUCCGUAUGGAACACUUUAUAAUAAAUAUAAAGGAUUACACGGAAAAACGCCUGGUGGCCAACCUGUUUUCACGCAUCAAGAGGAAUUAGCAAUUUUACGAGCUGCGGCUACAUGUGGUGAUUGGGGGUUUCCUCUUACAUUGUUUGACCUUCGAAUGUUCGCUAAGGCUCAUUUAGAUCGACAGGGAAAGAUUAUAGAACGGUUUUCAAAUAACCUGCCUGGUGUCGAAUGGGCCAUUAGUGUCCUGAAGCGUCAUAAGCACUCCUAUGGUCAAAGACUAUCCACUAAUAUCAAAAGGUCCAGAGCGACUGUCGGCCGGGAGUCAUUAAAUAAGUAUUUCGACAACCUUCACUCUGAGAUAGAAAAUGUACCACCGUCCAAUAUAUUCAACUAUGACGAAUCAAAUAUGGCAGACGAUCCUGGCAAAAAAAAUGUGUAUAUAGAAGAGGAGUAA